AUGCUGACCCCGCUAUGCCUUUUAUUCGCUCUGAGCGUAGUGGACAGCGAACUUCAGCUGGUACAAGUGAAAGGAUGUAAACAGCAAGUUCGUCUUGGGCAGUUCCUUCGAAAUUUAUACGGCGAGCUUCUUGGUUCCGGGUACAACUCGAGUGAGGAACUGUUAGCUCGCAUUGCAAACUUCACUGGCCUUUCGAAACUAGACUUUCUAUCAAUCGGCGAUGUGAACAGCGCGUUGUCAAGACAGCACGACGGAAACUUGCUGUCUUUGCUGUCCGCCAUGAAAGUACCGAUAGACCAAAUACCACCCGUUGCUUCCAGCAUUAUGUUUGAAUUGGAUCGCGAGAAAGACAACUAUUUCGUUAGGGUUUCUUACCACAAUGACACAGCGUCCGAAGAAGCAUAUCCGAUCAUUCCUCAUGGCUGCCCUUUGGAAAAAUGCCCAUUUGAAGUUUUCAAAGAAUCCCUCGCAAAUGUUACCCUGCCAUCUGUCGAAGUAAGAAACGUGCUUUGCUAUCUGCCAAACAACUAA